UUUUUCCUCAUAGACUAUCUUAAAAAUAAUAUAUGAAAAUGACUCAUCUCACAAUCUUAUUUCUCACUCAUCUCACACUAUUUUUCAUUUGUGUUUGUUCACAAAAUAUAGCACAAACACAACUUGUUUAUAAAUGGUCAGAAACUUACUGUAAUGAGGUUCCCACAGUGGGAUGUAAUCAAAUUCCUCCUCUCAAAUUCACUUUGGUUGGUUUCUGGGGCACAGAUUCCAAUGGAGUUAUUCAACAAGGUUGCAAAGAUACAGUAUCACGUGAUUGGAAUAAAGUGUUUGAUACCGCGAUGGUAAACCAACUCAGCCAGUUUUGGCCCUCUCUCACUAAACAAGAUCCCAAAGACAUGUGGAAGGAAAGUUGGAAUACAUAUGGAACAUGCCUAACACAAAAGUUCAAAGGUCCAACACAAUAUUUCAAUAGGGCUUCAAGAUUGGCUAAUGAAAUUGGAGAUUUACUACAAUGUCAUUUAAUAAACUCAAAUGGAAUUGUCCCUUGUGACUCUGCUACGUACAACAACGUUGAAAUCUUGAACUCAUUCAAACAAGUUGCAAGCAAUAAGGAUGUGUCUUUCACUUGCAAAAAAAUUAAUACAACUCAUGCUUAUUUGAAUCAAGUUACAUUUUGCUACACAAAUGAUGCAAAGAAUUUUGUGAAUUGUCCAACUUCUGUCACUAACAAACGUUGUAGUGUUCAAAACAUUAUUGUUCCUCGUCCUUCACCUCCUGCUCCAGCUUCACAGGCUCUUCAAAUGAAAGGAGAAGAGCUUCCAUCCAAUAGCUUAUGGGAGAUCCUUGGUCAAUUAUUUUAAUUUAGUAUCUAUGUGAAGCUUUGUAAGAAAGCUUAGUAAGUAAUAUAAUAAUGGAAAGAUGAAUAAUGUUCCAAUUGUGAGUGUGAUGUGUACUGAAUAAUGAAGCAAAUAAAGUGAUCAUCUUUCUAUUUUA